UGGCGCGCAACAGCUGAGAUGGAAUUGGAAGACAUGGAAGUGGAUGAAAAUGCUCCGCAGCGCUAUGUGCGGACCGCGGAAGACGUUAAGGCUAUUGUUAAGCAUGCGAAAAUGGACGAACGUCAGCUCACACAACUCACACAGGCUUUGUACUAUCCCGGCGCCGAGGUGGUCAGCGAUAAUUUGCGGCUACUGGAGCUAGACGAGCACAUGCUGCAACAGAUCCGCACCGGUCAGACGCUGCAUUUCAAAGGCGGCCUGCAUGAAAAAGUUGUGCUUUGCACGGACGAGCGCACAUACGAUGUUAAAGGCGCCGAGAUCUCAAAUAGCCUGUUGUUGGUGCCGGAAUUAAAGUUUGCAGCAGCUACAAGUACCUCCCCACUGAAGAGUCCGCGUACGGGCAAUGCCAAUACGUCACUAGAGCGCAGCCUCAACGACAGCGCCGAUGAUGAUUUGGAUGUGCCGCGCACUUUGGAACAGAGACAGGUGCUCACGAUAUUCCACGAAUACUUCGAAUGCCGCGAAAUACGCCCACGUUACCGCAAGCUAGGUGAACUGCUCCAGCUAACACGCUACUCCGGGCCAGAGAACGAGUACUGCAUUGAGCGCAAGCUGCUGUUCAGUUUCCAGCAGCUGUUGGACACAGUCCAGUGCAGUCGUGCCCAGUUUGUUGAAGGGCUAAACCAGUACAGGGCUCUGGAAUUCGAUGGCCACAUACGUAUACUGGACUACGAGUACGAAUAUCGCAUUAUCAAUUUAAUGCUUGGCGUGAUAAGCGAGAAUUCCUGGGCUCUGGAUGAGGUGGAACGUGAAGAGACAAUUUACGCACUGCAAGGCAUUGCUCCGGAACCCAUUGUGGCUGGGCUUUUUGAUGUGUACACAAAACCAAGUGAUCGAUGCCCUAACAAGUUCAGAUACCAGGAGUCGCUUGUGGCACGCAUUGUGGCACAGAACAUUCUACAGCCAGGCCUGCGUUUUCGCAGCGAGGAGUUCAUGUGCACCUGGCAGGAUGCAUUGCCCGAAGGAAUGACCUGUAAGCUAGAGUAUCUGCGGGGCUUAGGCAUCUUGGACAGGGAAGGUGUACAACCAUGCGUUCGUUCCCUAGCCGAGGAGCAGCUGCCAUCCAAUAUUAACGAUCGCAUGCGUGCCUUGUUUAAAACAAAACGCAAGUGGACAAUGGAUGAGAUGGAGCCGUACAUAGACUGCUUUACCACGCCUACAUUAUCUGUGUCCACAUUACUGGCCAAACACGCUCGCUCUCUUACCGAGGGUGGCAUACGAUACUUUGUUUCAAAGCAUUGAAUACAUCAAUUUAUUUGUACAGUAAACUAAGUU